AUGCCUCCCGUCCAAAGCACUUUUACGCUCAUCCCCCAGCGUCCCGUCAUUCCUGGCGGGGUGCCAACGCGGCCGAUGACGUCCAAGCAAAUCAAGAAGGCGUACAGGGAAUCGACCAAGCAGCCGCGUAUGUCCCGCGCAGAGGCGCGUAAGAUGGAACUGGCUGAACAAGAACGAAUACGUAAAGAAUAUGAGAAGGAGCGGAUGGCAGCCCGAGCACGAGCGGCUAGGGACCGCAAGAAAGCCAAGGAAGAAGCACAACGCGAGGCCAGGCGGAAGAGUGGCAAGCCUCUUGUUGACGUUCGUCCAAGCCAAGAUACGAUAUCGAAAUUUCUUUUCCGCGGAAAUAUGUUCGGUCGGAAACGAGACGACAAAGGUGGGGAUGUCGAUGCCGCUGCGAUGGACACCAUCCCAGAGAUCACGUCGGACCGGGAAUCGAUGCCCCCGGAGCUCGUCUGUCAGGAAACAGCCGACGCCGGGAGUCCAGCCUUUGCGGACGACGAUGAAUAUGACAUCAUUCACGGAGAAACCUCAAUGGUUAAAAAGGAAAUCAAGAAGGCAAGCUUGCCGAGAGAACGUGUAGCAGUCGAGCAGGAGAAUGAAGGAAGAGGAAUGGCACUGGAGCAUCCCAUCGCAGCCGGCAGCCCUUAUGAUGACGAACAGAAUGACGACCUUGACAACGACAACUUUAUCCCUUCAAAACGUCCACGGCUUGAUAUUGGGCCUGACGACGACGACGACAAUCCAUUCUUGACUGCAGAACCAAGCCUCGGAAAGGGAGAGUUGUGCGCGAGGGCGACCGAGGAACCAAACAGACCCAUCGAUGACAAGAAGUCUUCGGCACACUCCCAAAACUCCCAGGCGCUUGCAUCAGAUGACGGAGAUCAAGACGACUUUUUCGACGGGAUGUUAGAAGACGAUCUAGAUGCUCUACUUGGCACGCAUUCUGCGACCAGCACCCAAGAGUCCACAACUCCUCUGCCGCCGCCGAAAGUCCCACAAUCACCUACCCGCGAACCAGCCACUCCCAAGAAGGGAUUUUCAAGCUUCACGGAAGGCAGCCUGGAUGACGACACUCUUUGCCAAUUAAUGACACCACAGCCUCAUAAAAGACAAUCAACAGAGACGGCAUCUGUCGCUAUUGCUACUACUAGAAGCAUUCUUGAGUCCGUGUUCGAUGCCGAUGACAAUAGCGCUUUAUCGCCACAGCGUCGGCAGCAACCACCCCCGCUCAGCACACAGGCAUGUCUCCUUAAAUGUGACGACUACUUCCCGACUCCCUCUCAACAGGAACGCGAGCUCGAAGGGGACGUUCCACCAAGGACCACACAGCCAUCUCCCUGUCCGGCAACCAGCUACGGCACAGGGGGUGCUGCAGCCGCGGGUAUAUCGCAGAAGCGUUUUUUCAGCGCCUCGGGAUCGAACCAGCUCCUGUCGCUCGCCGUUCAACGGAGCAAGCGGUCCGCUGCUUUGGACGACAUCCGCCAAUUUGAGCGGUGGCGUUGCGACGCGGAAACCUCGACUAGGCCCCCACUGCAGAACACCCGCCCGCAGCAGCACAUGCCCGUCGCUGCUACCAUGGCACCUCCCCCGACCAGACUUGCAUCACGCGUUCCACCCGCGUAUAGCGCAGGUCCCAACCGUUCUCGCGACAGUCCACCACUGGCCGCAAAGUCUGUCAAGACAACGCCACCUCAAGGACCAAGUCUCGAUGACAAAGAGAACGACAAUCCUCGCUUGUCCAAUAUGGAUGGGCCGCCGGCCUCACAAGAAUCAGAGUACGGCGGCCUCUGGAUAGACGAGUUGGCAUGCGAUUUUACCAUCGACGAUGGUGUACUCCUGGCUGGAAGCGACAAUCCCAGAUUAUCUUAA